AUUUGCUAAAAACGAAACCGGAAACAGUACUGUGUUAAACCUACUUGCUCGCAAAAUAUCUAAAACUGCUUCUGUCAUUAUUUCUAAAAAGUAAAUAUAGAAGAUUAAGGAACAGAUGUUUAUUUUCUUUACAACUAUACAUAAUAUUGAUGUUUAAAUGUUAUGCCGACCAACAACUGAGUUUUCGUUACACUGACGAACUAUUCGGAUAGACAUAAUUUUGUACAGAUCAACAGUUAGUUCAAGAUGGCCAGCCAGAAUGAGGAGAUAGGACGGCUUACACAGCACCUUGGAGAGAUGGAGGUUGUAGCUGAGGAUAUCCUUACAGACAGACAACAAAUCAUUGACCUAGACAGAAAGAGACAGAAAACUAGGGAGGCCGUAAGAGUUCUGUCGAAAGACAAGAAGAGUCAGAAACAGUGGGUAUGCUUUGGGGAUAUGUUCAUCAAAUUUCCGUCAGAUAAAACCAGGAGAAUGCUUCAACAAGACUUUGACCAGCUUGACAGUGAAAUUGGUGAUCUUCGGAGAAAUUUAAAACCAAAAGUGAAUAAGCUGAGAGACUUGGAAAUGAAAGAGGAUAUUAAAGGAUUUGAUUUAAACCCGUUAAGUAGGGAGGAACUGAAGACAUUGGAAGGAUACUGUGACUGAUGUACAGGUCUCAUGGAAUUGUUAGCUACACCUACAUUGACAGUGUUACCAAAGUUAAAGUUACAGGUUACAGUGAACUACUAUGGACAACUAGAGUGUUUGAGAAGGAGUAUUUGUUACACCUUCAAUUGAGAAUGUUCAAGCACUAGUUUGUCUUCCAUAUAAGAUUAUGCUUUCUGUUUGAAUGAAGUUGUUCAAUCGUCAAUAGCAGUCGAUUCCGUCUGCAUCAUCAAGUAGAUUCAGUCUGCAUUGUCAAGUCUUCAGGUGACAAAGGCCUCUAAAAGGUAUUUUAGUGUGGUUCCUGGACUUAGUAUGACACAGACCUAUACAAGAUUUUGUAAUCUGACUUUAGGACUUCAGAUAACACAGACCUGAACUAGAUCUUUUGUUCCGGCUUCCUACUUAAGAUUACUUAAAUCUGAAGAAAAUCUUGUGUCCUGACUAAUGAACUUCGCAUAACACAAACCUGAAGAUCAUAUACAUUAAGAUAUCCUCCAAAAAAAAGCUAAAUCAGGGUACAUGUUUCAUGUAGAGUAUCGACUUGUAGUUGACAUUUAUCCAACUUAAAAUUGUGUGUUGUAGGCAAGAAUUUAUGUUACAUUAUACUGUAAAAGCAGAAAUUUUCGCAAGGGUUUAAUUUUUGCAAUAUUCGCAUUGCCCUACAUUUCGCGAUAAUUAAUCCCAGCAUAAAUAUUCACCAUUAGUUUAAUUCAGAUUCAAGCAGGAUACCAUUUUACAAUUUCGCGAUGGUAAAACCUCUCAAACAUACUCAAAAUUUCAAAUUCGCGAAAAUUUGACCCAGCGAAAAUAUGUUCUUUUACAGUAAGCAUUGUGUAUGUGAUCUCAAUGAAAAUUAUAUUGAAAUUCUGAUUAAGUUGAUGUACAGAUACACAGUAAUUGAGAACCACUGCAUCAUGGGUAAAAGCCAGAUAUUUAUUCAUCAAUUUCUGUUGUAACAAUCUGACAUGUACCAACUCCUGAAUCUAACCACAUUUUUUUAGAAAAUUCUUAAGUUUGUAUAGAAAGGUGAACAAAAAUCAUAUGUGUACUUAAACUUUGAGUACUGUGAAGUUAUUUUAAAAUAUUUAGUACCGAUUUCUAUGGAUUUUGUGGUUGCAGGUAUGCGUGAGAUUAAAUCUCAGCAAACAGAAAAGUUAUUAAUUCAUAUCAGCAAUACAUUAAAAAUAUCAGUACUUAAUAUCAGAAUAAUCUCAGUACAUAUAUCAUUUCAUAUCAAAAGUUAUUUAAUAUCAGCAAUACAGCAAUACAAAGAUUACAAUUAAAUAUCUUUAUAUAUGUUUAUAA